AUGGCGACGACAUCAACAUCAACAUAUAUCCCGAAGAACAUCCUUAUUACCGGAGCAGCUGGAUUCAUCGCGUCUCAUGUAGCCAACAGACUGAUUCAAAACCAUCCUAAUUACAAAAUUGUCGUACUCGACAAGCUCGAUUACUGUUCUAAUCUCAAAAACAUAUCACCAUCUUCUCAAUCAUCCCCAAAUUUCAAAUUCGUCAAAGGAGAUAUCGCCAGUCCUGACCUAGUCAACUACUUACUCACCACCGAAUCAAUCGACACCAUAAUGCACUUCGCAGCUCAAACGCACGUCGAUAACUCCUUCGGCAACAGCUUCGAGUUCACCAAGAACAACAUUUACGGCACGCACGUCCUCCUCGAGGCCUGCAAAAUCACCUCCGGUCAGAUCAGACGCUUCAUCCACGUCAGUACUGACGAAGUCUACGGUGAAACAGACCAAGACGCGGUUGUAGGUAACCACGAAGCCUCUCAACUCCUCCCCUCUAAUCCAUACUCCGCUACAAAAGCAGGGGCGGAAAUGCUUGUUAUGGCCUACGCUAGAUCGUAUGGUUUACCUGUAAUCACCACUAGAGGAAACAAUGUAUACGGCCCGAAACAGUUUCCUGAGAAGCUCAUCCCUAAAUUCAUCUUGUUGGCUAUGAAAGGGAAAUCUCUUCCGAUUCACGGAGAUGGUUCGAAUGUGAGAAGCUUUUUAUACUGUGAAGAUGUGGCGGAAGCGUUUGAGGUGAUUCUUCAUAAGGGUGAAGUUGGUCAUGUUUAUAACGUGGGUACGAAGAAGGAAAGACGGGUGAUUGAUGUUGCUAGAGAUAUCUGUAAGCUGUUUAACAUGGAUCCAGAAACGAGCAUCGAGUUUGUUGAUAACAGAGCGUUUAAUGACCAGAGGUAUUUUCUGGACGAUCAGAAACUGAAUUACUUAGGGUGGUCGGAGAGGAUGGGUUGGGAAGAGGGUUUGAAGAAGACAAUGGAAUGGUAUAUCGAUAACCCCGAUUGGUGGGGAGAUGUUUCGGGUGCUUUACUUCCUCAUCCGAGGAUGCUUAUGAUGUCAGGCGGGAUGGAAAGGCAUCUGGACGGGCCUGAGACUUGCAGCCACGAUCCUUAUCAGUUUCGCCAGACCUGUAAGGUGGCUGUUCCGGUUUCUAAAAGAAACAAGUUCUUGAUCUAUGGUAGGACUGGAUGGAUCGGCGGAUUGCUUGGGAAGUUAUGUGAGAAGGAAGGUAUUCAAUUCGAGUAUGGCAAAGGACGGUUGGAGGAUCGAUCACAGGUUUUGGAAGAUAUUCGAGAUGUUAAGCCUACACAUGUCUUCAAUGCGGCUGGUGUGACUGGUAGAACGAAUUAUGAGACUAUAAGAACAAAUGUGGCUGGGACUUUGAAUUUAGCAUAUGCAUGUAGAGAGAAUGGUCUUCUAAUGAUGAAUUUCGAAACUGGUUGCAUUUUCGAGUAUGAUGUUGGCCAUUCUGAAGGUUAUCGUAUCGGGUUCAACGAGGAGGACAAAGCCAAAUUUACAAGUUUAUUUUAUUCAAAGACCAAUGCCAUGGUUGAGAAUCAACUGAAAGAGUACGAUAAUGUCUGCACUCUUCGUAUCGCUAUGCCAAUAUCAUCUGAUCUAAGCAAUCCCAGCAACUUGAUAACCAAGAUAUCAAGAUAUAAUAAGGUGGUUAACAUUCCAAACAGCAUGACAAUCUUGGACGAGCUUCUACCAAUCUCAAUCGAGAUAGCGAAGAGAAAUCUAAGAGGCAUUUGGAACAUUACAAACCCGGGAGUUGUGAGCCAGAACGAGAUUCUUGAGAUGUACAAGAAAUAUAUAGAUCCUGAAUUCAAGUGGAAUAACUUUACAUUUGAAGAACAAGCCAAGGUAAUAGUAAUCCCUCAAAGUAAUAUUGAGAUGUGUGCAUCUAAAUUGAAGAAGGAAUUCCCGGAGUUACUAUCGAUAAAGGAGUCGUUGAUCAAGUUCGUGUUUGAACCCAACAGGAGAAUCGUUGCAGCUUGAUUGUUGCUGCAAAGAAGUGAAAGUUUAGGUAUA